GCUCAUGGCUGCCGCCGGGUCUCCUUAGCUUCUCGCUACAGCAAAAUCUCCUGUCACCUUGUAGACACUUGCAUUUUCAACGCAUGGCUUCUGUCUAAAAUGGUGUCGUUUUAUUCCAGUAAUGCUACAUUAGAUGCUUUUGCAUAGCUGAAGUGUGCUUGCGUUGCUGUGUUCUUUCCUCGGGUGAACUCCUGCUUUAUUAAUGGAAGUUGGUAUUCUGAUAUUUAUCAGUCAUACUAAGUGGCAAAAGGAGCUCCGUUAAUGGCUUCUCAAGGCCCUUAUUCCUACCCUGCGUAUGGACCCACAGCACCUCCAUAUCCUCCAGUCCAUCAUCCACAUGAUCCAUACCCACCACUUCUGAAUCAGUAUGGUGUUUCUCCAGCUGGCUCUGUUGCAGGUCCUUUUGUACCUCAGCCAGGCUAUGCUGUCUAUCCUCCAUCCAGCGCACCUAUGCUAACUCAUCAAGCAGGCGGACCACCUCAGCCGCAAGUGCAGUGGAUGCAAACCCCAGCUCCUAUUCCGAACUGUCCACCUGGAUUAGAGUACCUUACAACGAUUGACCAAAUACUUGUCCAUCAAGUUGUUGAACUUGUUGAAGCCUUAACAGGAUUUGAAACCAAAAAUAAGUAUGAGCUCAAGAAUAGUUUGGGCCAGAGAGUUUACUAUGCAGUUGAAGACAGUGAAUUCUGUAACCGAAUAUGUUGUGGGUCUAAUCGAGCAUUUAUCAUCAAGAUUUUGGAUAACGUUGGGCACACUAUCAUGCACCUUGUUCGUCCUUUGGGAUGUGGAUCAUGUUGCUGUCCUUGUUGCCUACACCAGCUGGAAGUUCAGGCACCACCUGGAAAGUCUAUUGGUUAUGUUGUACAGGAAUGGCAUCCGUUUAUCCCUAAGUUCAGCAUCCAGAAUGAAAGACAUGAAACAGUGUUGAAAAUUAAAGGUCCCUGUUUGGCGUUCAGUUGUCUGGGAGAUGUAAAUUUUGACGUUGUAAGUCUGGAUGAGACCAGUGUUGUUGGAAGGAUAUCAAAACAGUGGUCCGGUAUUAUUCGAGAAUACCUCACAGAUACUGAUAACUUUGGAAUUCAGUUUCCGAUGGAUUUAGAUGUUAAGAUUAAAGCUGUCCUUCUUGGAGCAUGUUUGCUGGUGGAUUUCAUGUACUUUGAGCAAAAUUCUGGAGGUGUGCAACAUGGCGGAGCUUGGCGGAUGCUUUAGUGACAAAAUUGCACAGCUUCAUCAGAAACAUUAUGAUGUUUUAUGAAGGACAAAGAGAUAAGCUGGACAACCUGACAGACAUCCAAUAAUGUGCCUAACUUAAACUCAACUAGGAAUUAAUAGAAUCAGAAGUAAUUCAUAGGAAUUUUUUGUGAGCUGUUUUAUUACACUGUCAAAGUGGUUUCAUUCAAUAUUUCAAAAAACUAAAAAUCUUCUUUUUAUUUUUAACAUUUAUUUAAUAUCAUUGAAGUGGUUUAUCGGUAUAUCUGGUAUUGUCUGUUGAAAUAUCAGAUAUCUAUAUUGUUAUCACAUUAAACUGGGAAUUUCCUUGGAUCGGUUCUUAUGCUACCACCAUAACUGCCAGAAGUGCUAAGGAGAAUCCAUGCACACGUGUCAGUGGGAUUUCUGACAAACAAGGCAGGGGUAACAAGGAAGAAUGUCUUUACACAGAGAGUGGUGAUGACUUGGAACUCCUGCCUACAAGGAUGGUGGAAGCAGAGGUGCUAAAAAAAAAACAAGAAAAUUGGGUAGAUGUUUGAAUGAAAUAAAUUUUCAGCAUUACAAUGAUAGACUGGGGAGUGGCACUAAUUGAUGUGGUUUUUGGAGAGUCUGGAUAGAUCGAUGGGGUGAUGGCCUCCAUGUGUGCCAUAUUGAUUUGCCAUAACUUGAAAGUCAUGGAAUAGGACUGUUUCGAAGGUAAUUGUCAUUGUUUCCUAUUUGUUCCGUCCAAAAUACCUAUACUGUAUUGUAGCCCCAAGUGUGUAACCAAUGUUAGAGAAUAGUGUCCAUGUUUUUUUCAGAUGUUACUAUCGUUGGUACAAAUUUUUAGCAAAAAUUUGGAUUUUAAUAAUGCAUAUGUAAGAAACAGAUUUGUUUAUGAAACUCUUAAUCCCAUGUAAGAAAAUACUGCUCAUAAAAAAUGAUUGCAGUUUAUACCAUACAUUUGAACCAUACACUUACAUCUUGAGAAAACCCUCUGAUAAUGAUGAAAUUUCUAAUUGUUACAAUUUCAAUUAUUAUUCAGGGGAUGGAUUAUAAUUUUUGGAGAAGGAAGAUGCUUUAAAUGGUUCAAUAUUGAUCCCUGUAGGCAUAAUAGGGAAAAAAAAGUCACGUCAUGAGGAAAACACUUUUUGUUACAUUUAAUCAUUUUCGGUUCCAGCAAGAAAACAGAAGUAGGGAAAAUGUAACAAGGUUUCAGUGAUUGUGAUAUGGACAUGAUUUAUAGUUAUUGAGUUGCAAUUGUCAUUCAUACAGUCUGUAUUAAUAAAGCAACAAUAAUUAAAGCUUAUUCACUCCAACAA